CCGCUUCUCAGCUUGUCUAAAUUUUUGUAUACACUUUCAAAGGUCAAAAUUUGGUAGGUAUUUGAUUUGGCAGCCUUAGAAUUUUCCUAAAUUUAUUACAAAUAUAAUAAUAAACAAACCAUUUUCAAAUUCGUCUUAGUUUGCAUACUAUUCAAAGCAUUGAAAUGAGACCCAGCCAUAUUUUAAUUUUUAAUUAAUAAAUAAUAUGAGUCAUUCAAUCGGAUGGCUCAGCAUCGCCAAUCUCAUUUCUGGAAGCAAAGAGUGUACUAUGAUACCCAUGCAGAUCGCACCACGUGGCAUGGACCCUGUUGGAGCACCACACGCAAGUUCCUCCCUCUCCUUACGUGAGCGGCACUCAUUCAAUCAAUUAAAAUGGACAGCUGAGAGAAGAUCAAGAAACGGAGAAUCCCACACCAGCUCCUCUUGUGCCCCACAGCCUCUGCACACGAUUUAUAUCCGCUUUCAAGACACGAAAAACAGAAAAAACCAGAAGAAGAAUUAACACCGGCAGACCAAAAUGUCGUGGCAAACCUACGUUGAUGAUCACCUGAUGUGCGACAUCGACGGCAACCACCUUACAUCCGCGGCCAUCAUCGGUCACGAUGGCAGCGUCUGGGCUCAGAGCGAAACUUUCCCUCAGUUUAAGCCUGAGGAGAUUACUGGUAUUAUGAAUGAUUUCAAUGAGCCUGGAUUUCUUGCUCCUACUGGGUUAUACCUUGGUGGCACAAAGUACAUGGUUAUCCAAGGAGAGCCUGGAGCAGUGAUCCGUGGAAAGAAGGGCUCUGGAGGUGUCACUAUAAAGAAAACUGGCCAAGCUCUGAUUUUUGGCAUCUAUGAAGAACCCUUGACUCCAGGACAGUGUAACAUGAUUGUCGAGAGGAUGGGAGAUUACCUUGUUGAUCAGGGCCUCUAGAUCUCUUCUUGAAUGCAUGAUUUCCUUGUUUUUAUUUUUGGUUUUGGGUUUGCAUCUUCUUCUUUCUAUGGCCAUGCACUGGUGCUGGAGUUGUUGCAGGAAAAAUAACCGAGUGAGACAGAGAGUUGUUUUUUGGUGUCCUAGAGUCAGUUUCUUAUCAUCUAUCCCGCCCAUGUUGUCAUAAAUUGUGUAUUCAUCCUCCCACUGCUUUGCUCCAACUGAGUUUGCAGUUUGAAGUUUUGAAUGGUUUGGGAUUUCCUCCUCUUUAUGAUAAAUUAUAUUGUUGAUUUCUUUAAUCAAUAAUAUUCCCUGUUUAUGUGAA